CGCUAUUUUUACACAGCUGAUUGUCAGUUUUAAGCUAGCAUUAGCUAACUGCAAAUAUUUUCAUGUGUCGAUCAAGAAGAGGAGUUGCGAAGGAGAGGGAAUUAUUACAAAUAGUGAAAGUCUUGUUUGCUAAGAUAAUGUAGGCGUGUUGGAUUUAUAAAGUGAAUAAAAAGCAUGGCAGACUCGUCGCCUUUGUCCGGUGUUAAUGUCGUUUUGGUCAUGGCAUAUGGGAGCUUGGUGUUUGUUCUGCUGUUUAUCUUCGUUAAAAGACAAAUCAUGCGUUUUGCCAUGAGGUCCCGCCGUGGACCCCAUGCUCCCAUCGGCCACAACGCACCAAAGGGUUUGAGGGAAGAGAUCGACGCCACGCUGUCGAAGGUCCACGAGAUCCGGUUCGAACCGCGUCUGUUAUCAGAAGAGGACGACAGACUCAAGCGAGGAUCACAGAUCAGUUGUUACAAUUACCUGUACAGAAUGAAAGCUCUGGAUGCCAUUCGUGACUCAGGAAUUCCUCUACAGGAGAUAAGCGUCAGUCCCACUGCGUUUACUGGACGCAGCUUCAGGAUUUGGCUGGUGGAGCUGCGCAACUCCCACUCUCUGAUCAAGAGCAGCCGGAGUGCUCUCAUCGACCGCUUACUUGAAGGUUAUGACAGCGCCCGCCAUGGGACCGGGGUGUUCGGAGAGGCGGAGUUCCUUGAAUAUCAACAAGCACUCAAUGAACUUGCUGAAGUUGUGAAAGCCUACUCCAACAGCACCAGUCUGGACCAGCAUCAUCAGUCUGCAGCAAAAGACCUGACAGGCUCUCCGGUCCGUGGCGCUCCCUCCACCAUCCAGGUCACCUAUCUGCCCUCCACUGGCCAGCGCAGCAAGAGGCCCAAACACUUUCUGGAGCUCAAAAGUUUCAAAGACAACUACAACACACUGGAGAGCACGCUGUGAAACGCUGACCAUUAGAAAACGUGAACAACUGUGAGCUUUAAACUAUAAGGCACAGGAUUUGAGAACUCUGCUCUGUAGAGCAGCACAAAGAUUUUCUAGUCUCAAUCUGGACAGAAUUUAUUUAAUUUAGAGGCUGCUUGUUCAAUUUUGUCUUUAAAAAACAGUUUUUUGUUAUAUUUAUGUAAGCAAACAUUAUUUUAUGUGAAAGCUGUAUCUCUGAAGUGGGAAGUAAAAAUGAUGUUUUUUGUUGUUGUACUUUUUAUAUCCACUAGGUGGCAGUAUGACCAAAUAAAGCAUCAGGAGUCAGGUCA